AUGACGAAAACAAUCCAUAUCAUCGAUGUAGAAAGUGGUAAUUUACAAUCACUUUCAAAUGCAAUCAAACGUAUCGAUUCUAAUUAUAUCAUUAAAUUCAUUCAUAAUGAACAAGAUUUCAUUGAUAAUGAUUCUCAAAUUGAAAAAUUGAUUUUCCCUGGUGUUGGUAAUUUUGGACAUUUUGUUAAACAAUUAAAUGAACGGAAAUUAAUUAAUCAUUUAAAAUCAUAUAUUAAACAAGAUCGUCCAUUAAUGGGGAUUUGUGUUGGUUUACAAUCGAUUUUUCAUGAAUCGGAAGAAAGUCCAAAUAUUAAAGGAUUAGGAUUAUUAUUAGAUAAUGAUGAUAAUGAUGAUGAUGAUGAGAAGAAGUUAAAAUUAUAUAAAUUUGAUAAUGAUGAUGAAAAAUUUAAAAUCAGGGGCAUUAAAAAAUCUGUUCCUCAUAUUGGUUGGAAUAAUAUUCAUGAUAUAAUUAUUAAUGGCAAACAAACAACGACUAAAUCUUUAUAUGGAUUGAAUAAGAUUGAUAAAUAUUAUUUUGUUCAUUCUUAUGCUGCAAUUAUUAAAAAUAAUAAUGAUGAAAUAAUUGAAAAUAAAUUCAUUAAGGAUUUAUCUUCAAAAGGUUGGGAUUUGGCAAUUAGUCAAUAUGGAUCAGAAAAAUUUAUAUCUGCUAUAUCAAAAAAUAAUUUAUUUGCUACUCAAUUUCAUCCAGAAAAAUCCGGAAUUGUUGGUUUAAAAAUUAUUAAAAAUUUUUUAAAUGGUGAAAAGAACCCAACCCCAACCCCAACCCCAACCCCAACUCCAAACAACCUAGCCCAAGGGGUAGAUUCUUCUUCUACUUUGGAUGUUGAAACCACCUUAACGGGGUUAACUAGAAGAAUUAUUGCAUGUCUUGAUGUUAGAACUAAUGAUGAUGGUGAUUUAGUGGUCACUAAAGGUGAUCAAUAUAAUGUUCGAGAACAAUUAUCAUCAUCAUCAACUAACGAAUCUGCCGAGGAGGAUUCUUCACAGGUUCGUAAUUUAGGUAAACCAGUUGAAUUAGCAACAAAAUAUUAUAAUCAAGGAGCUGAUGAAAUUACAUUUUUAAAUAUCACAUCUUUCCGUAAUUCUCCUUUAAAAGAUUUACCCAUGUUACAAGUAUUGAAAAAAGCUGCUGAAACUAUAUUUGUUCCAUUGACUGUUGGUGGAGGUAUUAAAGAUUUAUAUGAUCCAGAAACUGGGAAAACUGUUCCUGCUGUUGAUGUGGCUCAUUUAUAUUUCCAAUCAGGUGCUGAUAAAAUUAGUAUUGGAUCUGAUGCCGUUACCAUUGCCGAAAAUUAUUAUGCCAAUAAUGGGGAAAUUACCGGUCUUUCAUCAAUUGAAACCAUUUCUUCCAAAUUUGGUAAUCAAGCAGUUGUUAUAUCAGUUGAUCCUAAAAGAAAAUAUAUCAAAGAUCCAACAACUGAAACUACUACUAUGCAAACAAUAAAAAUCACUGAUCCUUCACAAUAUGGUCCAAAUGGUGAACAAUAUUGUUAUUAUCAAGUAACUUCUCAAGGUGGAAGGAAAAUUCAUGAAUUAGGUGCAUUAGAAUUAUGUUUAGCUUGUGAAAAAUUGGGAGCUGGAGAAAUUUUAUUAAAUUCAAUCGAUCAUGAUGGUUCCAAUAAAGGAUUUAAUUUACAAUUAUUACAACAAAUUAAAUCUCAAGUUUCAAUCCCCGUGAUUGCUAGUAGUGGUGCUGGUAAUCCUCAACAUUUCCAACAAGUAUUUGAAAUGGAUUGUGGAAUUGAUGCUGCUUUAGGUGCUGGUUUGUUUCAUCGUGGUGAAUAUACCGUUAAUCAAGUAAAGAAAUAUUUACAACAAGAAGCAAAAAUGGAUGUUAGAUUAGAUGAAGAUUUGGAGUUGUAA